GCGGCGUGGGGCUGCACAUGGCUCCCCUUCCACUACUACGGCGGCACAUGCUUCUUCCGCGCCAGGCGCCCGGGCUCCUCCUCCCCGCUCCUUCGGCGGCUCCACGCGUUACGCGCCGGCUCACUCCCCGCUCGGCACGCCUCGCCCGGCGGACGCGGGGAGAAGGCGCGGAGCGGCAGUUUUCCCGCCCGUAGAGAGAGCGAUCCCUAACUUGCAGCGGGGCGUGUGUGUGUGUGUGGAGGAGAAGGCGAGGAGGAGGGCAGAGGAGGAGGAGGAGGAGGAGGAAGGCGGGGGAGGCGGGCAGCCUUUUUUGGGGAGGCGGCGAGGAGCUCCCCCACUUGCGAAUAAGACCCGCGCCGCGCCGCCGGAGGAGACUUCCUUCGCCGGGCAGGAAUGGCCAAGCCGGAGCACGUGAAAUAAACCAGCGGCUCCCGGAGCUCUCGCCGCCUCCCCAGACGGAGGCUUUUCCGUCCGAGAGGCCAACAUGAUUCCGCCCAGCGACGCGACACAAGUCAGCCCGGAGGACGUGGAGAAGGACCGCGACCCGGAGAGCCCCGAGCAGCCGCCUUCGCCUGCCUCCACCACCAGCCAGGAAUCCAAGCUCCAGAAACUGAAACGAUCGCUGUCUUUCAAGACCAAAAGUUUACGGAGUAAAAGUGCAGACAACUUUUUCCAGCGGACAAACAGUGACAUGAAGUUGCAGGUAGAUUUGCUAUCAGAAAUCAGCCCCAGAACUGGCCAGCUCUCAGCCUCCGAAAGUCAGACAUCUACUCCCACCAUAGUCCAACACCAUCAGGAAAGCAACAAGACUCACGUUUUCCAGGAGCACAUAUUCAAAAAACCUACGUUCUGUGACAUCUGCAACCACAUGAUUGUAGGGACAAACGCUAAACAUGGACUGCGCUGCAAGGCAUGCAAGCUGAGCAUUCACCACAGAUGUGCAGAGAGCAUUGGACAGCAACGCUGCAUGGGCAAACUGCCCAAAGGCUUUCGCCGCUACUACAGCUCUCCGCUACUCAUUCACGAGCAAUUUGGCUGCAUCAAAGAAGUAAUGCCUAUUGCUUGUGGCAAUAAGGUUGACCCCGUCUAUGAAACACUUCGCUUUGGAACUUCCUUAGCCCAAAAAAUGAAGAAAGGCAGUUCUGGGAGCAGCUCAGAUUCACCAAAAAGGAACUCAACAUCGGAUUUGGCAGAAGUUCCUGAGGAAGGUGAUAGUCCUGGAAGCGUAUUGGACGUAAACAGGAAACGCAGCAAUAGUGUGUUCACAUACUCAGUAAAUGGUACCACGGAUUUUGGAGAUGAACCGAAGAAAAUAAACUCCAUGCUACAGGGAUCUCUCAGUAAAGAUGCAGUACAGACAAACGCCUAUGUUGCCUUGUACAAAUUUGUACCACAAGAGAACGAAGACUUGGAAAUGAGGCCAGGAGAUAGGAUCACACUUCUGGAGGACUCAAAUGAAGACUGGUGGAAGGGGAAAAUAGAAGACCGAGUUGGCUUUUUCCCAGCAAAUUUCGUUCAAAGAGUACAACAAGAUGAACAUGUCUUCAGGUGUAUCAGAACAUUUAUUGGAUGCAAGGAGCAGGGGCAGAUAACCCUGAAAGAGAACCAAAUCUGUAUUACUUCAGAAAAGGAACACGACGGCUUUAUCAAAGUAUGCAGUGGAAAGAAAAAGGGCUUUGUCCCCGUAGAUGCCCUAGAAAACAUCUGAGUUUUCCCUGUUCAACCACUGCAGUUGUGAUGCUUUGCUGGCAAGACCUGCCUGCCUCAUCUUGCACUGUGUAACCCCCAACGAAGCUGUCUUGCAGAUGACCAAGGAAAUCAUAUGACAACCACAAUGAUCAGUUGAUACCAGACAUUUAAGCAACAAGAGAUGGUUGGUCAACAACAAUCAGAAAUGGAGCCAGACAAGAGUGGUGCGAGGCUUAGGAAAGGAAUAGCUUGUUUACUUUUUGAAAUAAGUGAAAAGUUAAACUGGAUAAUUUUUUUGAGCAAGGCUGCUAACUAUUACACUGAUGGGAACAGAGAACUAAACUUAGAUUUGCACCCUGUUUACGUGUCUUAAGAAAACUGUUUGGGACUUCUUUCUCAUUUGAAGUGUGAUUGAAUGAGUAAGGGUUCAGACUUUUUCAUUGUAUUACUACAGCUUGAAGUAUAUAGUGUGAGUCUGGUCCUAAAAUGUUGUCCAUGAUUUUAGCGAAUCGGCAUAAUGUUUGGUUCUGACUUUUUUCAGUUUCAGUAACAAGACAGUUUGGAUGAAUUGUGGAGCUGUUGAUUUAGGAAACAGUCUGUGGUCUGGACUUCUCUGUGAUUUUGGAUGUAUGUUGCUGUGGCGAUCUUGUACGUCCUUUGGGUUUCUUGUAUACAAGCAAAGAUUUUAGCACAUGUUGGAUGUAAAUGUUUAAACAGCUGAUGAACAAGCACUGUUUCCCCAAAGCAGGCCUAGUCCAAAAUAGUCUUUCCUUUUCCUUCUGUAGGAAAGAGGCAGGUCUCAGAAACAAAAAACUGGGUUGCAGAAUUUUUCUAUUUUUCUGAUAUUGUUUGAGCAUAUUUUUUAAUAUAUGUGUGUAUAUAGCAUGUUCCUGUUUAUAUGGUUAACCAAUUUCAUUUCACAACAGGGGGAAAACAGAUUCUAGAUGACAAAAAACGAGUGGAAUAAAAACAUACUGAGCUAAUACAUUUGUGAACAAAAGCAACCAAAUUCAAAAGACCAAAGGUGUUAGCAAUUCACCUUGAAGCACAUGCCAGAAACAAUCCAACGUAAAGUUAGGCACAUUUCAGCUUAUUGACUUACAAGACAUAAGCACACCUAGUUUGGGAAUAUGGCCACAAAUGGAAACCGCAGCUAUAAAACCAGAAUUUUACCCACUGUUUCAAAUUGUGGUUCAACGAGCAAUCUAGUCAGACGUUCUGUCUGCAUCAAGGAAUCAUCCUUGAGGCUGUGCAGAAUUUAUGGGCCUGUGCAGAAAUUACAAGGUACACAAGAAUUCAGAGACUUAAGUAACAAGGAAUCUAUUGUUGCCCAACAUUUACUGUUUUAAGAGUUCCAAGCCCCUCUCGUUCUUCUUUUUAUAAAUCAACUAUCUAGAAAUUCCCCUUUGAACAAGUUUUACCAGCAUGUUUAAAACGUGCACACAAUCUCAAAGGCAAUAUAAACAUAAGGGAAGGAAAAGAAGGUGCUGAGAGUUACACUUGUAAAGGAUGAAAGGGUUGCAGACAAUGGCGAUUUCCCCUUAGCCAAUUGGUAUCAUGUGUGACAGCUCCACAGAAAAUCAUGUGCCACCCUUAAAACACUUCAGCACUUUGGCUGAAGAACAGGGUUGGCUAACCUGAGGCCUAGGAGAUAUUGCUGGACUGCAACUCCCAUGAUCUCUGACCACCAACUCUGCUGGCUGGGGCUGAUGGGAGUUGGAGUCCAAGAACUUCUGGCAGUUAGCCACAGGUUACCCACCCCUGCUGAAGAAAAACAACAACUCCACAGUUGUACACUUUUGAAAACUGCUUAGCUGGCAGCUCUUAAGCAAGAAGCACGUAGCUGUAUUCCAGUACCUCUAAGUACAUCUGUUCAACCUUCACCUCUUGCCUUGCACUCCAAUCUGUGGCUGAAACCCAGUGCGUAUUUGCUACCAGAGAUGGUGCAGCUGGGACGUUCAUGGCCACUUUUUUGUACUUAGCAAAGGGCUCCUGUGUCUAGCAUAUACUCAACUCUGCAUCCCGAUCCUGCAGUUACAUUUGCCGACAUGGAAAUGCUGAAUGUGUGCAUGGCUCAUCCGUACAACAGGAGCCAUAUGUGGGCUUAUAGGUCCAUGUAUAUAUUUGAGUAGCUUGAAGAAGUUUGCCUGUUACUGUAUGGAGUAGGAUUGGACACUGAUGACAACCAUUCCAUCCAUUUUCUAGCUCUUGAACAUGUAAAUAGUAAAGCCAUCCCUCAAAAGAGAAGGGGGAUUCAGCUUCAUAUCUUUUAAUAUAUAUACUAUAUAUAUAUAUAUUUGCGAUUCCUUUUUUUUUUUCAUAGGAAAACCAGGCAACUUAAAAUGUAAUCCUAUGCAUGUCUGCUCAGAAGUUAAGUCUCACUGAGUUCAAUGAGGUUUACUCCCAGGUAAGUGGCUAUGGGAUUGCAGCCUUAGUGUUAGGAAACAAAAGUCCCUUAUAACAAAGGGGAAGAACAGCAGGCGCAUUAUCGACACAGCCUCUUUUAUGUCAUGGCUUUAUUUGACAUUUACUGAUCUGAGCAAAGUGGGGUCCUGAAAUGCCUGCCGAAAAAUCAAACUCAGUGCUAUAGUUAGUGUCUUCUGAUCCGCAAAGACUAGGUCAAAUUAUACAUCCAUCCAUACAUGCUACUGUUUACUUGAAUGCAACAUACUGUGAUUCUGUCCUGUUUCAGUGGCUUCUGUUAAUUUCAAGUUCCUCCUUCAAUCCUGCUUCAUAGGAUAAAGAUGAAUAUUACUUUCAGUUCACAAUGGCCUUUAAUCAACGUCUCAUUUCUUUUGAUACUAAGCAAUAAAAUAAAGAUUUUUUUGUAAGAAAAAAAUUCCUGAAUUAACCAUACUGUUAUAAACUGAUGCAUAUCACU